GCUUUUCUUUUCUAGAUCUGUUUUUCAAACUCUCUUCUUUUCCCCAUCUUUUUCUCUCCACCAUAGCAGCGCCAGUGUUGUCGCCUGUGCUGCUACCUAGUAUUCUCCUUGAUCCGUCUCUAGUAGUGAAACCAAAAACCGAAUUCUUAUCUUUCAGUUCUCAUCUAAGCUCUUAUUCUCUUCCUUCAACUUCUGUGACUUUGUGUGUUGAGGACUUUUCUCAUUCAGAGGCCAUACGUUUUUCUUCCUGGUUGUCUUACUGUUACAUUAAUGGCAGAGAUACAACCUGACAAUUUAAGAAACCAAGUUGCCGAUGAGCAUCCAGAAAUUGUGGAAGUUGAAUCAGUAGUUGAUUCCAGACAAGUAGAGAAAGGGGGUGCUGUUAAAGGGAAAAGAAAGAAAGUUAACAAAAGAUCUGAGGUAUGGAAUCAUUUUACUGAGAUUGUUGAUAAGGAUGGGAAAGAUAAGGCUAAAUGCACCUGGAAGUUUAGUCAUGAGUCUGUGAGGAGGUCUUUAGCUGAAAUGAUUAUAGUUGAUGAAAUUCCAUUUAGUUUUGUUGAAAAGCAAGGGUUUAGGAAGUUUUGUCAACUUGCAUUGCCUCCUAAUUUUAAUGCCCUAUCUAGGAGAACAAUAACCAGAGAUUGUUAUAGUAUUUAUAUGGAUGAAAGGUUGAAGCUUAAAUCAUUUUUCAAAGGAUAUAGGCAAAGGGUUUCACUUACCACUGAUACAUGGACCUCAAGUCAAAGAAUUUCUUACAUGUGUCCAACUACACAUUAUAUUGAUGAAAAUUGGAAGUUGCACAAAAAAAUCCUAAACUUUUGUCCUGUUGAGAGUCAUAAGAGGGAAGAGUUAGGUGACCUUUUAGAGAGGUGUUUGAAAGAUUGGGGUAUUGAAGAGGUAUAUGCAUUAACUGUGGAUAAUGCCUCAUCAAAUGGUGGAGUUGUUAGGGUUCUUAGGAAUGCCCUCACCAAGUGGGGAACAGCAGUCUUAGGUGCACAAGAUUUGCAUAUGAGGUGUGCAGCUCAUAUCAUCAAUCUUGUAGUUGGUGAUGGAGUAAAUGAGGAAGAGAUGCACAAGAGUGUAACUGCUGUUAAAGCUGCUGUGAAAUAUAUAAGACAGAACCCAUUAAGAUUAAAAAGAUUUAAAGUUGCUGUUGAGUUUGAAGAUAUUGAAACAAAAAAAGGGCUUUGCUUGGAUGUUCCCACAAGGUGGAAUUCCUUGUAUUUGAUGCUGGACACUGCAGAAAAAUAUGAGAUGGCAUUUGAGAGGGUGGUUCGGUUCUUGAAGCACUUCUACUACUUAACUGAGAAGGUUUCUAGUAGUUUAUAUACUAUCAGCAACCUUCUUUUCCCAGAAAUUAGUGAGGUUGAUUGUUUGUUAAAAUCUUGGGAGAAAGAUGUGGAUGUAAAAGACAUGGCACAAUCAAUGAGGGAAAAGUUUCACAAGUAUUGGGGUACUCCUAUAGAAAUGAACAAAAAUAUUUUCCAUGCUGUAGUCCUUGAUCCUAGGAACAAAUUAGGAUUUCUUGAAUUUUUAUUGAUAAAAGUGUAUGGUAAAGAACAAGGAAUGCAACAUGGUAAAAUGGUUUGUUGUGAAUUGAAGAGGUUGUUUGCUGAAUAUAAGAAAACAGUUUCUAGUGGUGGGAAAAUUGUAGUUCUGGAGGGUAGUACUAGUGCUAGUAAUGCCCUUAGUGAGAGUGAGUCCAAGCAUAAGAAUAAGCAACAACUUAAGUCUGCUUACAAGAGGUUCAAAAUUGAGAAUGGGUUCAUGUCGGAGAAAACUGAGCUAGAUAAGUAUUUGGGAGAGGAUGUGGAGGAUGAUAAUGAUGAUUUUGACUUACUUGGAUGGUGGAAGUUGAAUGCUCCAAGGUUCCCUGUCUUGGCAACAAUGGCCAGAGAUGUUCUAGCUUUUCCGAUUUCAACUGUUGCUUCUGAGUUGGCUUUUAGCAUGGGAGGGAGAGUUCUUGAUGCUUUUAGAUCAUCUCUAACCCCAAGAAUGGCACAAGCCCUUAUUUGUGCCCAAGAUUGGUUGCGGAGUAAAUCGAGAAUAGUUUCGGAAGAGGAAGACUUGGAUCUGUUGGACAAUCUCGAGAAAGAAUUUGACAAAGUGCACAUGGAUUCUGCCAUUCUAGAAUGAAUGGCUUGAAGGUUUAGUCUUUGGUGUUAUGGUAGUAGCCUCACAUUUACGUAUGCCUUUGCUUACAUUACAGAAAAAUGCACAAAUGACCAAUUGCACAGUGGAAGCUGCAUCUCAUUUCCUUUUUGUUAAUAUCCUGACAGUGGAUGCAUAUUUUUUAACUAUUAUUUGAUAGAUAGUGUAAUUAGGUUGAUGUAGUCAUCCAUCACUCUAAAUUGUUGAUGAGUAGAAAACUAUGAUUGCAAGUUCUGUAAUUUUUUGUUAUUACUUUGUCUGGUCAAUGUAAUCUUCAAUCUUGGAUGAUGGAAUGAAUGUAAUAUUGUGUU